AGACAAAAAAAUAUAAGGAAAAAGAAGUCGAUUUCGAAAUCGGCGAGGUCGAGAACUUCAGACCCCGCGAAUUUCACUUUCAUCGUCUGUUGGGAAGAAAAGAUAUCUAACGAACACUGACAUCGCCGGUCAAGUCAACAGAGGGGAGCAUGGAGUCCCUUUGGACCCUCGUCGGCCUGCACCCUUACGAGGUGGUCUACGAGCAGGGGGUGGUCCUGGUCCGUCCCGAGAAGGUGUGGCCUCCAGGGAAGUCCCUCCCCAAGGAGGUGACCCCCGUGGGGCCCUUCCUGCGGGUGCCGGAAGGGGCCCUGUCGAAACACCAGGAUUUCCUCAAGGGGCUGCGGCCCGAAACGGUCGUCUUCGCGGACUGCCUCCCGUUCGGGUCGAGCAAACGCUUCGAUCAUGCCGUUGCUCAGGUUUUCUCCCGGACGCCGACGGUGGUACUGGUGCACAACACGAACCUCCUGAGCUCCCUGGUGAAGGGCUUUGCGGGUAUGCGGACGCUGUACCUGCUGCACGACUUGAGGGUGCACGUGGGGGCGAGGGACCCCGGCAUGGUGCACGUCGGCCCCUUGGAGCUGCGUCAGUUGUACGGGGACUGCUCGGCCCUGGGUGUGAACCACCUGGUGGUGGACACUGAGGCGGCCUGUGCCCUGGCCGGAGUUUGCCCCAACUUGACAGAACUGGAGACAAACCUGGAGCAGAUGGCCGCACUGCCGUCGGAGAUCCUGAGGGUGUUCGACAUGAGGGGGAGUGAGCUGCGCUCCUGGAAGAGCCUGGUCCUCGGUUCGAGCCUGUCGAAUGCAGACGUGCCGACCUCCGAGGAGAUAGUCUCCAUGGCCGCCCAGCGGAACCCGGUCUUGCGCCACCUGCAGGUCUACGGAGCGUCGCUGUCUGCAAUCUACGCCAUCGUGGACUUCGACGAGAUUGCCUCGCUCUCCAUGAGGGCAGAGUCCCGCUCCAUAUGGAACAUGAGCUUCUGCUACGAGCUCCUCGACAAGUUCAGCCUGACUUCGCUCGCCCUCAAAGGCUUCCUGGGGAUCGACUUCUCCGCGAUUGCCGCACGCUCCGCCAGACUCCGGAGACUCUCGGUCACCUCGUGUCACACCUCGAAGCGGCUCGUGUCCAAGAGCUCCUUUCCGGAGCUGGACACUCUGGAACUGGACGUCCUGACCGACGACGAGCUCCAGAGCCUUCUGGCGGCGUGUCCGAAGCUGGUGACCCUGAGGCUUCGAGGCCUCGCGGCCAGCCGUCGCUUCUUGAGCACGUUCCCGGGGAACUUGUCUCUCAAGAGGCUGGAGCAGUUGGAGCUGGCUUGCCCAGAAUCCCUCGCAGACCUGGGGGUGUCCACGGCGAGACUCGAAACGGUGUUUGACAGCCUGCCCUCUCUGCGAUACGUGGCGGUAGAGUCCUACGCGCUGCGGCUGUUCCUGGAGAGCCGCCUGCCCCACGUGGCGCUCGGGUGGCUGUCGUGCACGGUGUGUGCGGCCAAGUUCCCGCAGCAUAGCAAGGAACAGAGCAGCAUCUGGCACAAGGUCCAUCGCAAGUGAUGCUGGAGCUGCCAUUGGGUCUUCUCAUCCGUGCCUUCCCAAGUGGUGCGGCACUCUGGGACGGUCGUCGUGCCGUGGACUUGUGAUCCCUACCGUGCCGUUCGCUGCUGGAACUUCGAUACUCGUGAAAAAAAAUGGCGGUGCACCGGGGUCCGUCUUCAUUCCGCGCUGGACAUUGCCAGAAGUGUUGGAAAGAUGACGACUCUACGGCUUUGAGGCAACGACGGGACCGACAACCACACCUUAGGUCUUCGAUAGUGUUCAUCGACGCGAAGAAGCACCAAUGCAUGCCUACAAUUCCACGUUUGGCUUGUGUUUCCAGUAACUAGGGGUUUGGACUUGAGCUCCUGCAUCCAGAUUUCAGUUUGAUAUGUCUAAAUGACGGCCGAGGAUUUGCCGAGUGAUGUAUAGCUAUGUGGGCCCAUUACCGUGUGAACCGGGGUCUUGUUUAUGUACAGAUGCUGAACUAGAGACCAUGAGAGGUUACAAGACAUUCCUCGAACUUGCCAAAGAUUUGACAGAAUGUGUCACACUUGUAUUUUAUUUGAGAAUGCUGACUCACGACUUGGCAGCAUUGGAAGAUGUAGGACGAGGGGAUUCUACACAAAUUAAGGGCUACCUGUGCAGGCAAUGUCCAUUCUGCCUUUCAAUGUGUGGAUGAUGCGCUGUUGAUUAUUUUGGGAUAGAACGCUUUCUGCGCGUUUGUUUUACGAACCUAAUGACCAUUACCGAAACAGAAUUUUAUAGCGGGUUACAUACUGUUGCCCAUGAAUCAUAGAAACAUAUCAAUUUGGUUCAACAAUGAAUGACAUGCCAGUCAUAUAGUACCGGAACGGAAACAUACACUGCCUGCAUGAAUGGUCUAUUGGAAACGUGCUUUUCGCAUCAUUAUAGUGACUAGAUUGCAUGCAAAAAUGACGGGUUCAAAAAUUGCCUCUUUUUGUGGGGCUCAUAAGGCAAUGCUUAAGAUAUGGUGUACAGCGGUAGCCAAUAGAUUAGACUAGCGCAUGCAUGGAUGUUUGAAGAGGAAAGGAUGGAUGUGACUUACUGUAUUGUAGAGCUGGGAAUGAACAUUGAUGCUUGCAACAUAUCACUAUUAUUUACUGGUUUUUCGAAACCUCCAAUCCUUUAUUUGUUAUCUUGUGCUAACCCCUUGAGGCAGCAUGCAAACCUGCUGCGACUUUAGAGUUGCAUGUUCCGACGAUUUGUUAACUCAAAUGGAAACUAUGUACGUAAAGUGCAAAAAACUAUGGCCGACACAGCUAGUGCAAACAAAUAAAUGAUGGUUUUAUGAUUUUUAUCUGUGAAAACUAGUCGUUCAGCAGUGUGGUCACCAGUGCAGCAGCUUAAGCGGUAACCCUUGGUGUUAGUCACAACACACCACCCGGGGAAGAUGCAGUCAUACAGCAUGCAUUUUACAUCCUGGUACAUUUUCUAUGGGAGCUAGCCUGUCUUUACAGCAGCACUAACAUUACACCUGUUCAGGAUGGAUGUACAGAGCAGUCCACUCGUAAAGGGAGCAACGCGUGGCUGGCACUCCGUGCAGCGCCGCCUGCAAGCACUCGCACAAGCCCCGCACAGACACAGUGAGCACCAGAGGUGGUGUGUGCCGUACGUCGUCUGCUACUGUACCGCUUUUUCGCGCACGCUACGGUGCAAAGGCAGACAAUGCACAUGCACUGUGAUGUGUGUGAAAAAGCGUUGCAGUAGCUGGUCGACACAUGGUACACUCCUCCGGUGCUCACAGUCUGUCACAGUCGCUGGCACUCUGUGGAGUGCCAGCCAUGCGUUCUGGUGCUCCCUCUAAGAGUGGACUGCUUAAACAGUUGGGCAAGAAGCUAGUAACUCCACGUGAGCGGGUGUUUUCCUCGAGCGCCUGACUGGCGGCUUUUGGUCGAAUUACUGCCAGCGUAAUAGCAUCGUCUGUGUGAAGCAGACGGGGGGGGGGGAGCCCAUUGACGCAAAUAAACUGCCAUUAUUGCUUCUGCCUGCGUCUUCGUCCUCCAAACAAAAGGAGGGAGAGGUUUCUUGAGGAGGCAAGCACGGCAAUCGCUGGUGCGAAAACAAGCUAAUAAAAAAUGGGCCUUUUUUUUUUUUUGACAGUGCUUCGUUAUCUUGUUUCAAUUUGUUCACUGGUGAAUAUUUUCUUUUUACGAGUGCCCAUUAUUCAUCAACUUGUGAAUCCUUCGCCUUUUUUUAUUCACACGAUGCUGUGGCACAAAAGUGAUAACAGCUGAGCCCGCAACAUUGGCACUAGUUUGAGUGAAAUCCACACAGUCAGGCGCUCCCCAGAAAGAAAAAAAAACGCCCACUUGCAUGAAGUCGUUAACUUCCUGCCCGACACUCUAAGCAUUUUGGCAUACAAGCUGCGGGGCCAAUUCAUUCUGCGUCUGCUCAUAGCCAAAAGGGUGCCUCGCCGAUUAUUUGCUAGUCGUAUAUUUUCUGAAAUGCAUCGAGCCCAUAUUACAUUCAUUUCGACGUAUUCAGACCCAGCAAUACCUUGGCUGCCCGAUGGGACACAAUGAUCAAUUUGUUUUUUUUGUUACGCACUAAGCAGCAAAGAUUGUGGGCAAGCAGUUUAUUUACAGCCAGAGUUGAUGCGGCGCAGAAAAACCUGUCAUGUCUUGCCUGUUCGAAAUAAAUUUGGUUGUUUUA